GCCAAUUUUUUUUGCUGCAAGGCACUCCAUUACCAUUAAUACCUGACAAUGGCAAAACUCAAGAAAUCCACCGUCAAAUUUCAGAAAAACCACUUGAAGCAGACUAUAGAAAGAAGAAAAAAGCAGCAGAAAGUCAAUAGAGCAUUCAAGAAGCGUCAGGAAAGCCGCAACAGAGGCGAUCGUCCAAAUGAAAAUGGACAUGCCUCGGAAGAGAAAACAGAUGCCGCAGAAGGAAAGAAAUCAGGAUCGUUGGACAUUAGCAAACUGAAUGUCAGUGACUUUUUGAAUGUCGACUGCCUAUUGAACGAUGAGGAAGCUCUGGAGUUAAACGAUGACAAUGAGGCUGAUCUGGAUAUUCUCGACACAUUCAAAGGUAUAGAGGAUAUAAAUUUGCCUGAACAGGCCGAAGAUCCAAAUGAAGAAGAAAGUGAUGAUGAAAUGGAUGAAGCGGAGGAAGGAUCAACCAUUGUCACAAAGGAGAUGUUGCAAGAAUGGAUCAAACGUCUUGAACAGACUCCUACAAUCAACUCCCUCAAAGAUAUUUUGUUGACAUUCCGUGCAAUGUCACUUAUGGAUGAAAAGUACAACACUUCAUGCCGUUAUCAGAUCAACAGCGAAACAGUGUUCAUGAAGGUACUUGCUACGGUGCUUGAUACAGCGCCCUUGCUGAUCAAUGCAAACCUAAUCCCCAAGAAGCAAGGCGGUCCUACAAGUUCCAGCAAAUGGGGCGAGUUGCAACCGGUUGCACGACUUUACUGCAACAGUCUGUUGCGUAUUUUACAUGAUGUUGCAGACGACGAACUGUAUGAAGUGCUUCUGGAACAAACGAACACUUUGGUCUCCUACAUUGCCGUGCUUCCUCUAGCAAGGAAGGCAUAUGUCAAGAUCCUACUUAAAUUGUGGUCUUCACCUAUGGUUUCAAGUCCCGUGCGAUUGCAAUGCAUGAAGAAUUUGUGCAACUUGUCCAGUGUACCUAUUGGUGACAAGACACAAAAGAAAUCAACCUUAUUGAGUCAUGUCCUCAAAUGUGUCUACAUAACCUAUGCACGAAAUGGCCAACAAGUUUUCGAGGAAUCACCUUCUGCUUUGGAUGAAAUGAGAACCUCUGCUGUCAGUAUUUAUCGUGCAAACGACAGGCAUGCUUUCCAACACGCUGCUGUAUAUGUACAGCAAUUAACUCAGCAUUUGGAGACUGCCACGAAGAGCAAAACAAAGGAAACCAUGAAGGUUGUUUUGAGUUGGCAAUAUUUAAAUUGUCUCAAAUUUUGGGCCACUAUUGUUGGAGUCAUCUGUAGCACGGCUGCGCAAGAAGGUGCAAAACCAUCACAGCUCUCUGAGAUAACUUACUCUUUGGUACAAAUUUCUACGCAACUGAUCAGAUUAAACCCAUCCGUCCAAUUCCUUCCUUUGCGCUUCCAUUUGAUAAGAAUGCUUAUAGACCUUGCGAAAGUCACCGAAACCUACAUUCCCCUUGCGCCUUACUUGUUUGAGCUCUUCAAUUUGGCUGAAGUCAGAAGUAAGCCCAAGCCUGGAUCUAUGCCGUCCUUGGACUGGUCGAUUAUCAUCAAGGCUCCAAAGGAAUAUUUGCACGGCAAGGUUUACCAGAACGAGAUUUUGAAAGAGCUUCAUAGCUGUUUAAUAGAAUAUUAUGCUUGUUAUGGAUUGUCGAUUGCAUUCCCUGAACUUGCCAUUCCUGCCGUUGUUGAGCUUUCGGUACAACAGCAAAGAGCGAAGAAUCCCCACUUUAUGCGACAGAUCCAAACACUCAAAGAAAAGUUGGAGGAACAAAGCCGAUAUAUUCAGCAGCAGAGGUCUCAAAUCGAAUACAAUCCAACCAACCAGACUGAAGCCCUAGCAUUCAUGCGAAACGCUACCAUUGAUCAAACGCCAUUGGGUAAUUUGGUCAAGUCUCAAAAGCGAGCACAAGCCAACCGCAAAUCUCACAAAUAAGCAAGCAAUAUAAUGUAACUAUAGACACACAUCGCA